AUGGAGUCAACAACGUUCCUCACCUCUAAAAACAUUCCUCCAUGUCAACAAGUGUUCCUCAAAAUGCAAAAGUCAAGAUCAGCAUGGAGGUGUAUUAUGAUCACUUCCAAAGUGAUCAUAAUUGAUGCUUUCCUUCUGAUGGUUUUUGCCGCAAGCAUCUCAAGCUUGCGGCACAAAAACUGGUGGAGCUUCCCCAUAUGGAAGUGGGCGUUAACAUCGGGGCAAACAGUGUAUGUUCUUCAUGGUAUUCAAGACGCCGCACGGUUGUGGAUGACAAUAUUUUUUGUUAUCACAUUGAUAUCAAAGAAAGCGACAAAGCAGAAAAAGUUACUGCUUCUCGUGUUGAUUGAUUUUCUCACGCCGGUUCUAAUCAUCUUCUCCUUGUUCACAAAGUCCAUCAUCGCCAUGUGUUGUUCAGCGUGGUUCCACAUAACUAGUUACGAAGAACGGAUCAAGGAGUCUCUCUUAUUUUGGUCUGUUAUUCUGUUGGAAGCUCUUUCCGGUCAUCCUUGGAGCAAAAUACGCCAUGUAUUUGACCCAAAGAAAACAUCCGGUUGGGACAUCAAGAAAAUGCUCAUGGUCCAAAAACACAUUGGCAUAGACGUGAAGAUCCAAAGUGAAACCAAAGCGAAGACUGUCACUAAUUAA